AUGAUGUGUGAUAGAUUAGAGAGGAUGUAUGACAGAUCAGAGAGGGUGUGUGACAGAUCAGAGAGGGUGCGUGACAGAUCAGAGAGGGUGUGUGACAGAUCAGAGAGGGUAUAUGACGGAUCAGAGAGGGUGUGUGAGAGAUUAGAGAGGGUGUAUGACAGAUUAGAGAGGGUGUGUGGCAGAUCAGAGAGGGUGUGUGACAGAUCAGAGAGGGUGUGUGACAGAUCAGAGAGGGUGUGUGAAAGAUCAGAGAGGGUAUAUGACAGAUCAGAGAGGGUGUGUGGCAGAUCAGAGAGGGUGUGUGACAGAUUAGAGAGGGUGUGUGACAGAUCAGAGAGGGUAUAUGACAGAUCAGAGAGGGUGUGUGACAGAUCAGAGAGGGUAUAUGACAGAUCAGAGAGGGUGUGUGACAGACUAGAGAGGGUGUAUGACAGAUCAGAGAGGGUGUGUGACAGACUAGAGAGGGUGCGUGACAGAUCAGAGAGGGUGUGUGACAGAUCAGAGAGGGUGUGUGACAAAUCAGAGAGGGUGUAUGACAGAUCAGAGAGGGUAUAUGACAGAUCAGAGAGGGUGUGUGACAGAUUAGAGAGGGUGUAUGACAGAUCAGAGAGGGUGUGUGACAGGUUAGAGAGGGUGUGUGACCGAUCAGAGAGGGUAUAUGACAGAUCAGAGAGGGUGUGUGACAGAUCAGAGAGGGUGUAUGACAGAUCAGAGAGGGUGUGUGACAGAUUAGAGAUGAUGUGUGAUAGAUUAGAGAGGAUGUAUGACAGAUCAGAGAGGGUGUGUGACAAAUCAGAGAUGGUGUAG